AUGGCCUCUCGCCAGCAACGAAUGCCGCCCUUGCUUCGCUUACCCCACGAGGUCAUUCUACGUAUCGCACUAUGUGUUAUUGCCAUGGAUCUACAGCCUAUUCAGUCUCAGCAAUUUGUACCUGACGAAGGCGUCACGACGUCGAUCCAACAUGAGCCUACUACACCUGCCUGCUGCUGUCGGGGAGCCACAGGAUCGUGGAGUCACCAAGUUACAUGUUGCUUCCAAGACCUACCACCAGCCUAUCUAUCUGCGAUAGCUUUCUUUGGGAGUUCGAAAACAAUACGCGAGACGCUACUCGCCGCACCGGCGUUCUGGGCUAACAUCCCCGUCUUGCAACCGACUUUGCUCCCCGACAGCUUGAACUGGGCGGGGACAGCGUACCCACUUGAGAUUGUGGCGCCGGCUCUCUGCUUGUGUGUAUUGGAUAUGAUUAUCCCGCGGUUGCGCUUCGCGGGUCAACUAUGCGCGACCUUUCCAUCGGUCCAUGGCGACUCCGGACAGCCGACGUCGCAGAUAUUAUCGCGCGCACUAUUAAAGUCUGGUGCACCCAAGCUGCGGAGGAUAUCUUUGAAAUUCAACCCCUAUCCUCACAACACCUCUACACGGCUGACAGCCGUUCACAUGCCGAGUUUACACAUCUUCCGCAUUGCGAAUGGGCUGUUUGUCGGCUACGGGAAAAUGCUAUCCGAAUUACACAUUGCAUUCGAGACGUUUGAGAGGGAAGCAGUCUCAUGGUCUCUCCAGGACCUCAUCAGGAUACUCAAAUUUUGUCCCGCUCUGAACGUACUCGUGCUCUUGAACGCGUUCCGCGAAGCAUCGCAUGCAGAGCGUCGGAACUGGAGGACGGCACCUCUGCAUCUGGACCUGCCAUUACUCUCGCUGCUGCUGCUGCGUGCAGACUUCAUGGCCACUCAGGAUUUAUUCGGCAUUCUCAUGCCUCCGGCAGGAUGCUCUGUGCUCGUUGAAGUUCAGACCGGUAGCUUUCCUCGAGAAGCACCGUCAAACGGAGCUGAGCUGUGCGCUCAGAGUAUCGCCAAUGAAGUCGCACUCUCACUCAAACUCCUGCGCCCAUGUAUCAUGACUUCGCGUGACAGGUCGCAGUCAGCGUCUGUCGCUUCGCUGGAGUAUCGCUCAGGGGAGCCCCACAUUGAUCGAUGGCCAGACUACGUACGGGUCACAUACGCGACGUCCAUCGCGGGGGCGUUGGCUGCAAACGACCCGCAAGCCUUGGCCGCUCGAAAUUCGUUUACACUGCGAAAUUCAUGGAUAUCUCACCACACGUUGAGUCGCGCGGACCGGUCCAGAACAUUCGGCAUUCCCCAUACUCAAGUGCUACAGAGUUUUUUGCGAGGGUCGUCAAACUCUGAGCUGGCAUACGUGAGAGUCGUAAUCAUCCGAGUCGAGGGACGAUAUUUGUGGCCCGACAAUGCUUAUGAGGCAUUGUUUGCAUCAGCAGUGUCGAUGGAGGAACUGGUGGUUCUCGGUGUUGUUGCAGAUGGGAGACCCUACCGAAACCUGCUCACCUAUCUCAAUCGCACCGGAGGCCUGAAAACAAGGUUGCGCAACGUCAAGUUUCCCGAUUGGAAGGAUAACGAAAACAUAUACUUCCGGACGGGCGAGCUUUGGAAUAAAAGAUUUGGAGUCCCUGGCAGGCGGGCCCCGAUCACUUGGGCGCAUUAA